AUAAGUAAUUAUAUAAUGUGUCAUUUCACUUAUUUUUGCAUCAUAUAUCGCAUGUUCCGUGCAUUAUAACAAUGUACAAAGUCGUUCUCAGUUGCGGAAUUUGUCUGAUUUUCAUCCACUGGGCUGUAGAUGGAAGCGGUAUAACCGAAGGAGUGUGUGGAGUGAACGAACUAUAUGUGGAAGCGGGUUGCGAAUCGUCUUGCAAAAAUUUACUCAAAGAGCCUUGUCUUGGACGACCGAAACAUCCCGGAUGCAUAUGUAAAGCUGGUUUAAUUAGAGAAGAAAGUACAAACCAUUGCAUUUCUAUAAAAGAAUGUGGUCAGCGUAUCUGUCAAGAACCGAAUAGAGAAUUAAAUUUAGAUGGACGAUUUACAGUUUGUACCGGGCCAGGCCAAGCUUAUACUGGACAUCCAUUCAGACCACAUCCCGUUUGUACAUGUAAGAGAGGAUUUGCUAGAAGUGGAGGCAUUUGUAUUCCAGUAUCUGAAUGCCAAGCACCACAAUUAAACAGAAAUUCUGAAUAAUUUACAUUUAAUUUCUUUUUAUAAAUAAGUAGUUCUGUUUCAAAUACAAAUAUCUAUUUUGUAUUAAUCGACAAUUAUAAAACGUUUCGAGUUAUGAAAUAUUUGGAUAUUUUAUCGAAUUAUUUUAACAAUUUGCUGAAUUUCUACACUUAAUUAUGUAAAAAAAAUAUGCCAAAUACAAAUAUAUAUAUGAAACACAUUUAAGUUUUGCAUAUAAUUAUUUAAAUGUGAUUAAACACUAUAGUUCUUGUAUUGCACGCUUAUUUAAGUAUGAAUUAUGCAAAUUACCCAAGCAAAAUUAAAGAAAUGUAAGCCUUCUUCUUCUCAGUAUUCUAAUGUAAAUAAAGUUACGAAAAUGAAUAAAACU